GACUGACAAGAUGGGAUGAUGUUGAAAAGCACCUGUUUGGAAAGUUCAAAGGGUUUCCAGAGUGGAAGAAAAGAGAAUCGAGCCAAAGCUGACUGCUGUAGGGGAUGGCUGAAGGAUAACCUGGGAGUUAUUGGUGACGGACGUUUCUUCCUCCUUCCUGAUACCUCCCAGUAUGUGAGAGAAGCUUACAAGGUGUCUCUCUUGCUAGUAAACGGCACAGGGGACACGUAUUUGUCGUACAAAUUAUUUUCUUAAGUCCAUAAUAGUACAAAGGCAAAUGAACUUGUUGCAGAUUUCAGUCUGAAAUCCAAAAAGGGAGGCUAAUUGCCCAAAGGACGGGAUUUGCCAAUACAUAGCAGCUCUUUCCAGGACAUUUUCAGCCUAUGUCUGUGAGGAACGCACCUCCUCCUGGAAUGACAAUGUGAUUGCCCAGAGCUCUGUAAAUCUGCACAGGUUGGGGGUUGUAUGGGAGUGGGUGGGGUAGAUAAGACAUUUCACCCCCCACUCCUGAUGCUAUUUUCCCAGACACGGGAGCGCAACGCUUGGUCCCAAGCUGGCCAACAGAGGCAUGUGUGUCCUUACUUGUGGGUUGCCUCUGUUUCUCCUUCUGCCACCUGUUUAGGUUGGCAGGACACAAGUGGGGAGAGAAGCACACCUUUUCAGCUGUAUGUUUCCUGGAGUGUACCGAGAGCAGGGAGAACAGGAGAGGAUUUUCUGUCCCUUGACUGCUUUGGCAUGAAGAUGACAGACCCUCAGGAGUGUGCCAGCCAGGGGAAGCCCAGUCUCUCCUUUUCUAUUGAGGAGAUCUUAAAGAAGCCUUCUGCCAGGACCAACCUAAACAGUGAAACCAGGAACAGAAGUAACUAUGCUGAGAGACCUCCAAUCCUAAAAGCAGGAUCACUACUGGAUGUUGAUUCCAGCAGCAGGAGUCAGUUAGGCAGUGAGUUACGUUCAGUCAAAAUGCUUCACCCAGCCAUGUGCACUACACCCACAGCCAAGGCAAAGACAGUGCAUUCAGCUUACUGCAGGAGCCCUACGGAUUGCCCAGCUUCCCUCCUGGGUGAGGAUGGAGGACAUGAACACCUAGAAGGCAAAAGAAAAUAUGAGGAAGAUCAGCUGUAUGAUUUACCAGCAGACCAUCCACUUCAUGAUGAGAGGAAAGGGAAACGAAGAAUACGGACAACAUUCACAGCCGAGCAGCUCCAAGAACUGGAGAAGAUUUUCCAAGUGACUCACUACCCUGAUAUCCAUAUCCGCAAUCAGCUGGCAGCAAAGAUCAAUCUCCCAGAAGCCAGAGUGCAGAUCUGGUUCCAGAACCAGCGAGCAAAGUGGAGGAAAAACGAAAAAUUUGGCAACUUUGGUGGUCUUCAGCAUCUGACAGAAGUUGAUUUCAUUCCUGCUCCCAAAGCAGAUAUCACAGUUCCUAGCUUGGUGCCCAGAAAGCUCACUGCUACCAUCCCUGCUGUGGGAUACUACUCAUCGCUACAAGGGCAUCUGACAACAGCCUGGCUGCCCAGCAUGCUCUCCUUUGGUCCCCAUCACUUGGAGCUGCUGCCCUUCCCUAAACCUUACUUGGUCUUCAGCUACCAUCCUCCUUACAGCACCUUGCUGCCCCACAGGUUGGAACGGAGCAGUAUCUGUGCCAGCUCCACAUAGAGGAGGAUAUGGCAGAGUAGCGAAUUUUGAGGGCAUUCUUUUAUCAUCCAUGAUCAUAUUUGGGGUGAGGUGUCUCCUUGAACAAGGCUGACGGGAUGAUGAAUGGCCUGUGGAGUGAAGUCAGCUUGGCACAGAAAUGCCACUGCAAGAAGCCAAAGCCUAGAAAAUAUGAACAUGAACCACCGCAGAUCUGGAAAGAGCUCCCCUUUGAUCUGAGGAACAGCAUGCUCUGUAGCAACCAAAUAGCUUAACUGAGAGCUUCUACCUGGCGAAAAAGUGCAACGAGCAAUCAUGUGAAAGGACUGGAGUUCUGCUCAGCCCUGAGACAACACUGGAUGAUCCUAUUACACAGAUGGCUUGGGGCAGAGAAAACACCUGUGAUGAGGUGUGCACAGCCCUGAGGUCCAGCCCAAAGGCCUUACCUCAGUAGAUUUGGGUUGCUUUCCUUGUACAUUCUGGUCCUCAUUUGCUGCGUGGACAAAGAACAUGUCUAGGUCAAAAAUCAAACUUCUAAGGUUUUUUUUUCCUUAGGAGCUGGUGAGGGAGGGGGGUGGGUUUGAUUUGCUGGCUGUAUUUUUGACUUAAAUAAAGGGGCAUAAACACAAUUUGAGCUUAAAUAUGACAGUCUUAGAGGGGGAGCAGUACUGAGCUCUAGAUUUGAUACUGUCAGUCUCUGGAGGCAAGAGAAUUCUUCAGCUGUUAAUUAAAAUGCUUAUGAGGAA